GCUGUGAUGCAGUGUUACCACUACAGAAAAUGUAUCGUAAUAAUUCCGACAUUGCUCGAAUCGGAUGGUCGCAUAAUUGGUUUUUAUUUUAAACGGAUCGUACAUGUACGAUCAUGUCAGGAGUACUGAAAAAGACAACAGGAUUAACGGGACUCGCUGUGUCCUCGAAUCCUCGUUUGGAACUUCGUGUAUUGUACGAUAGAAUUCUGCGACUUUCAAGUCAUUUGCCGAAGGAAUAUAUUUACAGAAAGUCUGUUGAAAAUUUGGCGAAAGAAAGACUCAAUAUCGUGGAACAGAAUGAUAAUAUUGCCGUUAUAGAAGAAAAGAUAAAUCAAGGACAAGUAGAAGAAUUAAUAAACCAUGCGAAAAAUGAAAUAUUCUUGAUACAAGACAUAAUUGAACAGCGACCGUGGGACAAUUUGAUGCAGAAAGCACCACUACAUCAAUGGACUUGGCCACCUCAUAAAUAAUUUUAAUUAUUUUUAAUAUAUUUGUAAAUAGUAUUGAAUAAGCAUAUGCUUAUCAAUUUUUGAUGUAAUCCAAUUGUAGAUUAAAUUACGUAUCUAUAUAUCAUAUA